AUGGCAACUUGCAUCCCGAUCGCCACCGUCUCCAUCCACCGAUGUCGCCUGAGCUGGCAUUUCAUCCUCAUCGGUGUCUGGAAACUCGUAACAUCCGUCGUCGUUGGCGCCAUGGGCAUACACCGCGCGAUUUUAGCACGAGAGAAGAAGCCUGCAACCUCUCUUGCUGGCACACCACUCACGCAGCCAUCGCCCUAUCUAUCCCCCAAUCCGAGCAUGUACAAACAACCCAACCAUACGACAACAAGCUUCUUCUCCUUAAAUCCGGAAACCCCAAAGUCGAAGCCGAAGCAUAAUACAGCGCCACUCUGGUGGUUGACUCUCUACCUACUUGGAACGUUGACUGGUAUGGUGGGCCUCAUAGCUCUCAUCAUAACCUCCUUCCGGCAUAACCAGAACGUACGCAGCCUGACCUACGGCUUCAGCAUCGCAGUGAUUGUCCUAUCCAUGGCGACCGGUGCUUACUGGUACAAGAUACACUGGGAAGCGAACAGGGGCGGGUACACAGGUCUCGUAGGCGCGUACAAAGACACCUUCGGCAGUUUCUUCCUCGCAUUCAUCGGCGCAUUUGGGUUCUUCUCAGCGCUGUAUAGCGACCUGGUGCUCGGCGCGAUCGCGGAAAACUGGGGUGGAUUCCCAAGCGAGGACAACAGUGCGCUGUAUUGGACGUGGUUUGUGGCGAAGAGGAUAUGUAUGUUCUCGCAUUGA